AAAACUCUGAAUAAAAAAAAUACAAUUAGUUAAAACCUAAAACAACGAAACUCAGCUCCAUCAAACGAACUCAACCGCCGGUAAACGCUGCUGAAUCCGUCGCCGGCCACCACAAACACCGUUAAAAUUCUCCAGAUUAUGCUAAAUCCCUAAUGAUGUCUUCUAGGAAAGCCUCAGUAGUUACAGCUAGUUCUCUUUUGAGGUUCUGCAAUGGCUGUUAUAUGUCAAGGACUAUCUGCACUGCUGCUGAGAGAUGGGAUUCUCAGUUUUCUGGUGGUUUUAAUUCAGACGCGUCUUCGGGUUACCAACAAAAUCAAGGUGGGUUCUAUCAGCAAAACGCAAGUGGAUCUUAUCGGAAUAAUCAUGCUAGUACAGAGCGAAUUUCUUAUGGGGCUGGUCGAACUGCAGGUGGAGGUCAUGUAAAUAUCACUCAGAAUGUAGUUCAAAAUAAUUCGGCGGAGCAUAAUGGAAGUUUCAAUGGGGACUUUGUUCAAAGCAACUUGAAAAUGCAAAAAAAUGUUGGGGUAGGUGUUGAUAAUUCAAGGGGUUUUAGGAUGCAUCCGAAUACUCUUGAGAAUCAUAGCUGGACACCGGAAUCUGGAGAAAAGGUGGAGUAUUCCAAUGCGGGUAGUUUUCCUAGGCCGUUAGAGUAUCAGGGACAUCCAAAACGAGACGUUACCGGAAACAUUGGUCAUUUUCAGCAGACACCAAAUGAUUACUACGCAAGGAGUAAUGAAAUGGGUCAACAGAACGUUACCCAAAACAUUGGUCAUUUUCCGCAGACACAUAAUGGCUACUAUACAAGGAGUAAUGAGAUGGGUCAACAGUACUCCGCUUAUGGACAGUCUCAACAGAGUGUAGACGGUCGAUAUCCUCCAAAUUUUAAAUCGGUACAGAAAUCAACGGUUGGAUCUCAUCUAUCGAGUAAUCCAAAACCUGAUGGGGAAUCAGUUGAUGCAUCUAGCGAUAAUCCAUAUAGAGGCACACUCGAGGAAUUGGAUAGUUUUUGCACCGAGGGUAAAGUGAAGGAAGCAGUUGAUGUUUUGCAAGUGUUGGAAAAGCUUCAUAUUCAUGUGGAUUUGCAUCGAUGUUUGCAAUUGAUGAAGCAAUGUAGGAAGGCUAGGUCUCUUGACGAGGCAAAAGUUGUACACAGACAUGUGUUGCAACAUUUGUCACCUCUCAACGUCAGCACAUGCAAUGAAAUAUUGGAGAUGUAUUUUGAAUGUGGUUCUGUAGAUGAUGCAGUCACGGUGUUCAAGAACAUGACUGAGCGCGAUUCGACUACUUGGUAUACUAUGAUAACGCAGCUUGCUAAGAAUGGGUUUGCAGAAGAUUCGAUUGAUAUAUUUACUCAAUUUAAAAGCUUGGGACUAAAACCUGAUGGCCAACUGUUUAUUGGGGUUUUUAGUGCGUGCAGUAUGCUCGGAGAUAUUAGUGAGGGAAUGCUGCACUUUGAAACCAUGAGUAGGGACUAUGGCAUUGUGCCAACUAUGGCGCAUUAUGUCAGUUUAGUAGACAUGAUCGGUAGUAUCGGGCAUCUUGGUGAAGCCUUGGAGUUCAUCGAAAAGAUGCCAAUGGAACCAGGCGUAGAUGUAUGGGAGACUUUGAUGAAUAGUAGCCGAGUUCAUGGAAACACCGAAUUGGGGGAUCGUUGUGCUGAACUAGUUGAGAAGUUGGAUCCUUCUCGUUUGAAUGAGAAAUCAAAAGCUGGCCUUUUACUCGAAGAAACUUCAGACUCAAUAAAAAACAAAGAGCAGAACAAAUUAGCAAGCAAAAAUCUUCUGGAAGUUCGGAGCAAAAUCCAUGAAUAUCGAGCAGGCGAUACUUCCCAUCCAGAAAAUGACAAGAUCUAUGCUUUGCUUAGAGGUUUAAGGGUGCAAAUGAAAGAAGCUGGCUAUAUUGCUGAGACGAAAUAUGUGUUGCAUGACAUAGACCAGGAAGGCAAAGAAGAUGCUCUCCUUGCCCACAGUGAGAGACUUGCUGUUGCUUAUGGUCUCCUCAAUAGUUCUGCUCGCUCUCCCAUUAGAGUAAUUAAAAACCUCCGUGUUUGUGGUGAUUGUCAUACUGCUCUAAAGAUUAUUUCUGAUCUCGUCGGAAGAGAACUCAUCAUCCGAGAUGCUAAAAGGUUCCACCAUUUUAAAAAUGGCCUAUGCUCCUGUCGAGAUUAUUGGUGAACACUAACCUAGGUGCAUCCUGACUCCAUGCUGGAUUGAAUAAUGCGGCCGUUGGUAUCCAUCCCCAAACUCUGCGUAAUGAGUAGAUAAAUCAUCAAGUAAUGGAGCGUGCAUCCAUGGAGUCAAAAUUGUUAUGACUGUCAACAUAUAACAGAACUCAAAUUAAUUUACAUAUAACAGAACUCAAAUUAAUUUAUUAGUGUUAUAUUCAAAAUUUUGUUUGUACUGUUUACUUGCAUCUUCUUUGUACCAAAGUGCUGCCUGCAAUGCAAAUUGACCUAAAAAUUUCCUGUUAGAUAUAUACAUAGCAGCAGUUUUAUAUGAUGUGUGAAACAAUACAAGGGUUAACUAGUCAUUCCCUCUUACUAUCUUAUGAAUGUGUUGUUUUAUUA